CGUUGUUGACUUUAAAGCUGUAAAACUAAAAAAAAAAAAAGCAAGCAUAAAUGUCAUGUUUGUAAUCAUUGAAUUGUCAUGUCAUUGUAUGUACUGAAUUAAUUUAGUAAGAUGCAAUAAAAAACCAACAAGCCUGACUUUUAAGGAUGCAUGGGUGGAUGUGUACAUGUAGCAUUAAUGACAACUGAAAAACCAUUCUGCAUUACAGCUUGAAAAUUAAUCAUUAGGCCAGUGCACAGUCUGAUAUGACUAUGCAGCAAAUGGCUUCUUACUGUAUAGGGGUGCAAAGCAAAUUUGAAAUGUAGAGAAAUGCCAUAUUAAAACAGAAAAAAAAAACAACUGCAAAAACUUAUAUAAAUACGUGUGUCUGUUUGAACCAUAUGAAUCAAAUGUUCACUUAAUUUUUCAUUAUUGAUUAUUCAAACAUUUAAUGUCCUUGUUCAUCUGUAACAUCAGUCCCAUGCAGUAAGGGAUCAAAUAUUAGCCUAUUGAACAAUGCUCAUUAAAAGUUAUCAGAAUCUAAGUUGACAUAGUCACGUCUUGUUCUAUCCAACCAACAGUCCUAAACUAUUCUGUUUCAAAUGAUAUAAACUUAGAAAGACAGCAAAUCCCCACAUUUGUGAAGCUUGAACCAGAGAAUGGUUUGCAUUUUUGCUUGAAAAUUUACUUUUUGGAUAAUUCACUUAUCAAACAUGUUCUUAAUUAAUUUUUGGUUGAUCAACUAAUGGAUUAAUCAACUACUCAUUUCAGCUCUGAAUUCAGCUAUUACGUAAAGUAAUCACGCAUGAUAAUUACAUUGACAUUAAAACCCGACUUUUUAACACGAAACAGGAAAUUUUCUCAUUUCUUUUCAAUGUAGCUCUGCUCUGCCAUACAUCACAAACUGACGUCACUCAGUUCAUUCAGCAGAUGAAGUUUGAAUUAUUGUCCUUGCUGUAAACAAAUUUGAAACAUGUAGUCGACACUCACAUCUGUUCUCUAAACAUCAUGCUUUUAACAGCAGCUGAACUUGGCAGGUCUCUGUCAGUAAUAUGCCACAUCUUUUCCACCUCCACGUUGUUAAUGUUGACACUGAAUCAAGAAAAGUGAAGUCUCUUUGCUACAAAGUUUCAAACCGUCUCGGCCAUGUGGAUCCAACAUGGAACGUUGCUCUCGGCGAUCCAAUCACAUCCGUCUUUUACGUCCUGUCAGAGGGCACGCACACACACGCGCCUUGCGUCAUUACGCAUUUCCUGUUCUCUACGAAGUCCCCCCUAUGCUCUUCACCGUCGCGCUGUUAAGUGGAUGUUUUGGUGAAAAAAUACCGUGUCGAAAAGGGACGUAAACACGUUUAAAACAUGACAUUUCGAGCGAGUGGGACUUAAAGUGGCGUAGCAGGGGAAAGAGGGGCGUAUUCAGCGAAGGUUUCGCGUUAUCUUUAUAUCGUAUUCCUCCGCAUGUCCGCUUUCUUCGUAGAUGGUCUCCGGCGAGCGUUGUCUGGCGGCGGACGACGAGUUCUCGACGAGUAACAUGAAGGAGAUGAUCGGAGGUUGCUGUGUAUGCUCAGACGAGAGAGGCUGGGCAGAAAACCCGCUUGUGUACUGCGACGGACACGGCUGCAACGUCGCCGUGCAUCAAGCCUGCUACGGCAUUGUGCAGGUGCCCACUGGUCCUUGGUUCUGCAGAAAGUGUGAAUCUCAGGAGAGAGCAGCCCGUGUGAGAUGUGAGCUAUGUCCCCACAAGGAUGGAGCCCUCAAGAGGACAGAUAACGGAGGCUGGGCCCAUGUUGUUUGUGCCCUUUACAUACCUGAGGUUGAAUUUGCUAAUGUCUCGACUAUGGAGCCCAUAGUACUCCAGUCUGUGCCACAUGAGCGCUACAACAAGACAUGUUAUAUCUGUGAGGACCAGGGCAGAGAGAGUAAGGCAGCCACUGGAGCCUGUAUGACCUGCAACAAACAUGGCUGCAGGCAGGCCUUCCAUGUCACAUGUGCCCAGUUUGCAGGGUUGUUAUGUGAGGAGCAGGGAUCGGAUGCAGACAACGUCAAGUACUGUGGAUAUUGCAAAUACCACCACAGCAAAUUGAAACAUAAGGAGCGAGACAGGCACAAACCAAAACACAAGAAGACCUCCAUGGACAUGUCUCCUUCCCUCGUACUUCCAAACAUCAUGGUCCCAGACAAGGCUUACAACAGCAGCAGUUCAGGGGGAGGCGUCACUUCUCUGCCUGCAUCCUCGCAGAAGCGACUGGACGACAGCACCGCCCGUUUCACUAAUGCUAACUUUCAGGAAGUGUCUUCGGCUCACUCCGGCAGCAGUUCCAAAGAUGGUUUGGCUGUAGACACUGGAAAAGCGGCGUCUGAGGUGAAGAAUAAGAAGAACAGCGGCGGAAGUCACACGGUGGGACAGAGAGGCGGCCGCAAGUCUCUCACCUCCUCAGGGAAACCCCUCCCCUCUGCCGUGGUCACCAUGGCAACUUCCUCCACAUCUGCCUCUGCUUCCACUGGGCCUUUCCACCAAGGCCUCCUGUUGACCAGUGCCAGCAAGACGCCCUCUGCUCCUUCCUCCUCAGACUUCCUAAGUUUCUCUGAUUCUUCGUUGCGUCCCGGGGGUGGAACUACCUUCUCCUCCCCGCCGUCUUUCAGCAGCUGCCUUGUGAAGCCGAGCUCGGAGGGUGGAGCUUCAGAGGGAACUACGACACUCUUUGGUUCUCUUAUGUCCGCUACGACAGCCUCUGCAGUGGGCGGGAAACUGUAUGAGAAUUCCCACAGUCACACAGCUAGCGAGACGACAAGCCUCGGUGGGUCCACUGGAUACAAACGGCCCCAGCCCUCCAGCUCAGGACCAGGCAUCGGUGGAGCAGUGGCAGGAGGAGGGGAAGACGGAGUGAAGAAGAAAAAGAAGGGCAACUGGCGAAACAGAUUUGGACCUUGCUUCACUACGGAUGUGAAGCCUUCAGAGCCAGCUCCCUCCCUGACUCUCCCUACCUCCUCCACAGCCAACACCUCCUCCUCCACCGCCUCCCCCUCCUCCUCUUCGUCCUCGACACUCUCAGGUCGGCCAGGCUUAGUUUCCAGCAGUGGAUUAGGAGUGGGAGUCGGAGCAGGAGGAGAGAGGGGGCUGGGGGUCAUGGGUGUCGGUGGUGGGAUUCAGAAGUCCCCGUCACUCCUCAGGAAUGGGAGUCUGCAAAGUCACAGCGGCUCCACAACCACUGGGUCAGGUGUUUUCUCUGGUGCAGAUGGGUCAUCGUCAGGGACAGGAGCUGUUACCGUGGGUGGAGCCAGCUCUGAGUUGUCACAGCAACAGCAGCCCACACCCUCUCUAGCCCCUCCCUCUCCAUUCACUGCCACCGCCCCGCUAACCAGCACAGCCUCCACACACGUGAGCGGUCUGCCGGGGUCUGUCUUCAACCUCGCUCCCUCCCACAUGUUCGGUAACAGGCUGAACCCUAACUCAGCCAUGGCAGCACUCAUCGCCCAGUCCGAGGCCACACCAGCAGAUCAGGAGGUCGGAGACGGCAGCAGCGGCAGCGUCGGAGCUCAGGGCUUCUCCAUAAGAGCUUCUCCCAAGACCACCCCGCGUUCUCCCAUUGGUGGCCUGCAGAUCCGCUAUGACUCCUCGGGGUCGUUGCCGGGGCCAGGUCUGGGGUUGCUAGGGGCGGGGGGAGGCAGUGGGGAGACGCUGCCCCCGAUGGCCACCAGCAUAGAGCAGCUCCUGGAGAGGCAGUGGAACGAAGGGCAGAGCUUCCUGCUGCAGCAGGGAGCGCAGGGGGACGUGGUGGGGAUGUUGAAGUCUCUCCACCAGCUGCAGGAGGAGAACAGGAGGUUGGAGGAGCAGAUUAAAACUCUGACCAUGAAGAAAGAGAGACUGCAGCUUCUCAGUGCUCAGCUAUCAGUGCCUUUCACCCCCACCUCAGCCUCCUCUGAUGUGAAAGGAGCCCAGCUUGGAGCCACUGACUCGUCUUUAGUUGUUGCAGCUCAGGACAGUACGUCAUGUGGUGGCCACAGCAGUAGUGGCUCCACUUCCUCUCUCUCCACCCCUCCCUCCGUCUCCCAGAGCCCGCCCCAGCCGCAGCUCAAUGGCGUCGCCACAGUGGGGACGACCCCGGCCGGGCUGGGUGGGGUGGCGGGGCUGAUGGGUACACUCGGUGCAGGUAAUGCACUGGGCAUGGGGGGAAUUGUCGGGGCACUGAACGGGGUCAUCCAGACACCGGGGGGCACCGGCAUCCCUCACACUCACACUACGGGAGCAGCCACAGGCGUCACAUUGCCCGUCAAUAACAGCAGCUCAGCAACUAGUAAAACCAGUGCUGCACGUCUUGGUCUGCUGUCUGAGCAGCAGAGACUCCUCCUCCAGCAGCAUCAGCUCCAGCAGCUGCUGUCCGCACAGCCUUCAGCGGAGCAGCAGCAGGUGUUGCUCUACCAACUGAUGCAGCAGCAGCAGGACCUCCAGCAGCUGCAGUCCCUCUCCUCCUCUGCGCAGAUUCCCUCCAUCCCGCUCUCCUCCUCUCAGCUGCCCAUCAACAACCUGCUGCCCGGCACCCAGGGCCAGGGCCAAGGCGCCAUCACCGCCAACCCCUUUUUGGCGCUGCAGCACGCACAUGCUGACACACACGCCUCGGGGGCGCAGAAGCCACGGCUAGCUGAGAAGGCCGUGGGCGUCGCAGGGCAGGAGAAGACAUGACGGCAGAUGUUCUUUUGUUUUUUGUUUUUGUUUUUUUAAUAAAUAUGCAGAGAUUUCUGGAGAUCAGCCUGUUGGUCAACUUUGUUGUUCAGUGAUGAGAACAUUGGCAGCAGAAAAUCUGUGUCCUGGUAGAUAGUUCCUUAUAAUGGUCUGUGCAAACACAUUAGCACACACUUUGGAGAGUGAUAACUGAAGACAAAAGUAGGAAUUUGAGCAUUUCUUUUGUCUUUUGCAGUCACCAGCUCUAGUUGACCUAGUCAGGUUUAUUUUUGCAACUUUUUCAGGUUACUGUUUUUACACAACAUUUUGUGUACAUUUUUACUAUUUAUUUCCAUCCAAUUGUAGAUUUCUUACUUUUUAGCUUUAGUGCUGCUUCAGGUUCUUAUUUUGUCACUGCUGAGAUAAUGAUUUUAUAUAUAUGACUGAUAGUAACUUGGUGUAUGUUAGUGUUGGUAUUUAGCACCAGAGCUCAUGGUGCGUCCGUUCUCUUCUCUCAACAGGUGAGUUGUCUAACAGAUCAGCUUCCCAGAAACCUUUCCUUUAAAUAGUUUCUCUCAAUAUUACCUUAAUUUCAUCAUUCUGUUUCUUCACUGUUCUUCUUUUCUUUCUUUUUUCUCUGUCAUGUCCCCCUUUAUUUCCCUUGUCUUUUUGUCUCCACAUUUCUCUCUUUGCUUCUCUGCUUACAUCCCUCUCAGCCUGGUCUCUCUGCUGUUUCACUCUCUCAGGGGCCUCAGCUAACCAGAGUCGUGCACUCAGCACACAAGCUAGCACACACAGAACUACAAACAUGAAAAGAAAAAUAGCAGAAAUACAUAAAUAUAAAAAAAACAACAAAAAAAACCCAACAAUUCCCUACCACAAGACUUAACAGUAGCAGAUGUAUGUUUGACAUCUGUCUCGCAGCGGUCCCGAGGGGAAUAUUGGGUGAAAGGCUUGUGAAAAUAUCCCACAUGUUCUCACUGUUGCCUCUCUCCCCGUGUCUCUUUCACUCCUUUUGUGUAGAUCCAUUAAUGUCAGUGAGCCAAGCCUCGUACGGUCACCACAGAAGCCUUGCUUUUCACUGUCUCUUCUCUGGGCCAGAAACAGGGGGCUCACUCAGGGAAGUGAAAUGGAAAAUGGAAAAAUGAAAGAAAAAAACAAACAGCAAGUUGAAUGUUCAGAGGGAUGUAUUAAUCCACACAGCACAGCCUCACAAAGAGAAAUUAUGCAGUUGGUUGUCAGCGCGUGGAAGUCAUUACAUUUCAUCCUCCUGAUUGAGCCCCCUGCUGCACCUACCUCUCAAGCAGGACCAGCCUAUCAGGACCUAAAAGGCCGACAUCACCGGCCAAUUAAAAACCCACAACAGUCAGGACUGGCCAAUCAGGGUCCAAGCCCAAGUGCCUGAGGCCAAGGAGGGAAAGAGUGAUUUAUCUUCCUUUUACCUGUGUCCCUGUCACUCAGCCCAAUUCUUCACAACGCUACUGGUGAUUAAGCUGUGUUGCUAAGGCAACAAAUUACAAAAACACUUAUUCACGUCAGGCUGGACGUGCCGUCUCUUUAAUAAAACCAGGAAUUAUUAUUCUGCUGCAUUCUCUUCUAUCAAAGCCAACUUUUAUUGUGCUUUUUAUUUAUUUGGAGUUUGUGUAAUGGGCAUAAGAUGAUAUAUUUUAAAAGCCCACUGGUGUUACACUUUAACAUCAUUUUGUACUACUGUGUAAAGUUUUGUCUUUUUUUUUCUUUUCUCCAUACAGUCAAAUCUUGCUGUAAACCCUUUUAAUGACUUCUUCUCUGUGUCAUGUGUUUGAAAGCUAGAAGCUACUUGAUAGUUGGCUGAUGGGAAGGGGGGUGUGGUUGUAUAUAGCUGUUUGUAGGGGGGAGGAAGUGUGUCAGGGGGAUGUUCAGUGGCACAGUUUUUACCUCGUUAAAUGUAUAUAGACCUUUUUCAUUGGCCGUUGGUGUACAUAAGUGAUUGUGAUUGGCCGCACUGGUGUGAAGGAAAGCCAAUGAAGCCUCAGUUUGUGUGUGUGAAUCUUUAGGACCAGGAAAAAGGUUGACAGUGACUGGACACACAAAGUAUUAAUUUAUUUUUAUAUGUGCAGGGACAUUGUGUUUCUUUUUUAAGUUUUUGCACCAUUUUAUUGAUGAGAGUCAUUUUAUACUCUAGGCACCGUGUUUUCAUCUGUGCACACAUUUGUUCGGAUCAGUUUUGUACAAAAUAAUGGGGGGUGGGGGGAGUCUGACAUUGUAUUUCAAAACACCAAAAUAAAGAAACACUCUGGAUAAAGUAA